AUAAUUAUAAUCUAACCUGUGUGGAGUAAAGAAAAUAGGAAAAAGAAAAGGAGAUCUUUUUUCUUUUUUUCUUCUGGGCUGCUCGCCCAAUUCUUUCUCAACUCAUUGGCGGUGCUGCUGUGGAAAUGAGAGGGCAAAGUUAUGCAACACAAUAAAACAGCAUUAGCUUCUUCAAUUUGGCUCUUUUUGUACACUAUUUGCUCUUCUUUAUUUUUGCCUCUUGCUGUUAUGAUUACAUUUAUUUCAAAUUAGAGCUAUGAAAUCGAAGUUCCCAAAUCUAACUGUAUAGUAUCACAGGCCAUGAUUCUCUCUAAGAUAUCUCCAAAUAUUGUUUCUCUAUUGAAGACUGGUUUCACUCCCACCACACAACACUUCAACCAAUUCCUGCUCUUCCUUUCUCAAUCCAAAAGAUUCAAACUUAUCACACACUUAGUCAAAUCACACCAAUUCCAGAAAGACUCCCAAACACACAGAAUUUACAUACAAGCCCUUGUAAAAGAGCAUAAAUGCGAAAAGGCCCUUUCUGUAUUACAGCAGGAUUGUGAUGGCAAAGUUUUGCUUUCUUCUUUCACUUUUUCUUCGUUGAUUUACUCUUUAUGUAGUCAGGGAAGGAUGGAUUUGGCAAUUGAAGUGUUAGAAUUGAUGACUACUGAGAAAAAUAAAUACCCUUUUGAUAAUUUUGUGUGUAGUUGUGUGAUUUCUGGUUUCUUGAGUGUUGGAAAAGCUGAGCUUGCUGUUGAGUUCUUCGAAAAUGCUGUGAAUUUAGGUUAUUUGAAGCCUAAUGUUGUUACUUAUACAGCAUUAGUAAGUGCUUAUUAUAGAUUGGGAAGAAUUGAUGAGGUUCAAGAUUUGGUUGCUAGGAUGAAGAUAUAUGGAUUAGAAUUAGAUGUUGUGUUUUACAGUAAUUGGAUAUAUGGGUAUUUUAGGGAAGGAGCGAUUGAAGAGGCGCUCCUUAGAUACAGUGAGAUGGCACAACAAAACAACAACGUCACCGGUGUAAUCCCACAAGUGGGGUUUGGGGAGGAUAGGAUGUACAAUGAGAUGGUGUGUAGGAGAAUUGAGUUGGAUACGAUAGGCUAUACGAUACUUAUUGAUGGGUUCUCGAAGGAAGGUCAUGUGGAGAAAGCAGUUGGGUUUUUAUACGAGAUGAAAAAGCGCGGUGUGCAACCUAAUUUGGUUACUCUUACGGCGGUGAUAUUAGGAUUUUGCAAGAAAGGAAAAAUGUGUGAGGCGUUUGCGGUGUUUAAGAUGGUUGAAGAAUUGGGGAUCGAAGCGGAUGAGUUUAUCUAUGCAGUGUUAAUUGAUGGCGUGUGCAGGAAGGGUGACAUAGAACGUGCAUUCGAACUGCUCAGUGAAAUGGAGAAGAAAGGAAUAAAACCUAGUGUUGUCACGUACAAUACGAUUAUCAAUGGAUUGUGUAAAGCUGGGAGAAUGAUUGAGGCUGAUGAUGUGUCUAAGGGGAUCUCCGGAGAUAUUAUCACAUAUAGUACGUUGUUACAUGGUUAUAUUCAAGAAGAAAAUGUCAUCGGAAUGGUAGAAAUAAAAAAUAGAGUUGAAGCAGCUGAUGUUUCUCUUGAUGUUACUAUGUGCAACUUUCUUAUAAAAGGCCUAUUUAUGAUGGGGUUGUUUGAGGAUGCUCUUGCCAUAUAUAAGAAAAUAUCGGAUAUGGGCCUGACUUCCAAUUUUGUUACUUACUGUACCAUGAUUGAAUGUUACUCAAAAGUAGGAAUGAUAGAUGAGGCACUUGAAAUAUUUGAUGAAUUUCGGAAGGCAUCUAUAACUUCAGUUGCGUGUUACAAUUGCACCAUUCAAGGGCUGUGUAGGAAUGGCAUGCCAGACAUGGCAGUUGAAGUAUUUGUUGAACUAAUAGAUCGAGGUUUACCUUUAAGUACAAGGAUCUAUAUGUCAUUGAUCAAAAAGAUCUUUGGAGUUAAGGGUGCUCUUGGAGUUUUAGAUUUGUUUCAGAGAUUGGGAAGAAAUGAGCAUGAAAAUUUUGAUUCAAUGUGUAGCGAUGCUGUUUCUCUCCUUUGCAACAAAGGAUUAUCAGAGGCUGCAUUCGAUCUGUUAAUGGUGAUUCAAAGUAAUGGUUUUGUUCUAAGCAAGAACUCCUACUACCUUUUAAUGAGAUCCCUUCUCUAUGGUGGCAAAACAUUUUUGACUGGCCUCCUUUUGACAACAUUCAUAAAAAAGUAUGGGAUGUUUGAGCUUAGAGCAGCCAAGAUACUUGUUUACUUUCUUUGCAUUAAAAAUGUAGAAACUGCGGUUCGGUUUCUUGCUACUAUGAAAGGUGGCAUAUCUGAAGCAACUUUUCCUGCUGAAGUUUUGAGGACACUGACAAAAGGCGGCCGAUAUCUGGAUGCUUUUAACCUUGUUGUGGGAGCAGGAGAUAAGCUACCUCUCAUGGAUGUGGUUGACUACUCAAUUAUUAUUGACGGCCUUUGCAAAGGAGGACAUAUUGACAAGGCAUUAAACCUCUGUAAUUUUGCCAAGAAUAAGGGAAUUUCUUUCAAUAUUGUAACCUAUAACUCAGUUAUCAAUGGGUUGUGUCGUCAAGGGUGUGUGGUUGAAGCUUUUCGGUUAUUUGAUUCAUUAGAAAAAAUUGAUGUAGCUCCUUCAGAAAUCACAUGCGGAAUACUCAUUGACACUUUAUCAAAAGAAGGUCUUUUAGAAGAUGCGAGGAGGUUGUUUGAGGAGAUGUCCGUAAAGAAUCUUAGACCGAAUACUCUCAUAUACAAUUCAUUAAUUGAUGGAUACAGCAAGUUAGGUCAAGUCCAGGAAACUAUGAAGCUUCUCCUUGAUUUACAAGCUGAAGGCCUAACACCAGAUGAAUUCACUGUCAGUGCAGUACUUAACAGCUAUUGUCAGAAGGGUGACAUGGAGGGGGCUCUUGGGUUCUUUUCUGAGUUCAAAAUGAGACCUGAUUUCUUGGGUUUCAUGUACUUGGUGAGAGGCUUAUGUGAUAAAGGAAGGAUGGAAGAAUCUCGAUGCAUUUUGAGGGAGAUGUUUCAGUCAAAAUCUGUAAUUGAUCUUCUUGGCAGAGCUGAAAGUGAGAAUGGAACAGAGUCUAUUAUAAGUUUUCUUUCUCAGUUGUGUGAGCGAGGAAGCAUCCAAGAGGCAGUUAAUAUUCUCAAUGAAGUGGUGUCCGUGUUUUUCCCUGUUAGAAGAGGUUGGAAUUUAUUAGAGGAGCCUAAUUAUGAUAGGAGAGAGAAGAGAGCUGAUUCUAAAGACUUAUUAUGCAAAUACAAAAUAGAUAUCGACGAGGCUUGGACUCCGGAUAAGGCAUCAAACAAUCGUAGUAACCGAGACAAUCAAAUAACCCAGUUGCUCGACUUCAGUUAUUAUUAUUCCCGUAUUGCUUUAUUGUGUUCAAAAGGGGAAUAUGAUAAGGCUAAUGAAGUGGCAAAAGUUAUUACUGGUUUCACAUAGAGUGUAUUCAUCUUUAGACAAGAUUGACUAGUUUCUCUGAAUAUGGUUUGAGCUCUUCUAGUGUUUCUUGCCGGAACAAAGAACCAUACAACCAUACAGGAGCUCUCUUGGGUGGAAAAAGAGCUGGAAGAUUUACACCAAGAAGAGCAAAUCUUAGCGACUAAAGCUAGGUAUUAGGAAACAUUGCACGAUGGACUUAAUAGUAAUCUUUCUAAAGCAGAAGCACAGGGGAAUUUGGACCUUCUUGCAAAGGUCAUUCAAGACUUUGUGGCAUUUUAUCUGCCCUUUGGCAGACUAUACAUAAAGCCUUAGGCGAUGUUUCACUGACACUCGUGUUAUUUCGGUAAUUUUACACACGUCACUUUUGCAGACUAUACAUAAAUAUUUUCACACAUCACGUUACUGAUUAUAAUUUCUUUCCCUCCUGCUUCGAUCAUUCAAAAGGUGAGUAGGGAUAAGUAUUUAUCCAUCGUGGUAAGCUUAUUUCAUUGUUGUUAGUUGUAUCUUUUGUUAGAUUAUUUCAAACUGUGUAAUAGUGUUUGAUAACAUUGAUAAAACAAACACCACUGUCUUUGACAUCAUCUUACAGAUUUUCGGGAGCACGAGUUAUAUGUGGAUUCCUUCGGAAGACGCAUUGCUCUGUCGGAUGUACUGGAUAUCUUGACAUUUAGGAUUGGAAGUGGAAGUUGUUAUGAUUGCACGUCUCUAGGUGAAGCUUGGGAAUCUUUGAAGCAUUUUUUAGGAGUGCUCAGCAGAUGCAAAAGACAGACCAUGAUUGCAAUUUCUAUGAAUAUUUCACUGAGGUAAUGUUUGCAGCUAUUAGAAGGUUAUUAUGGCUUGUUCAAUUGCAUACUAGAAGGCUCCUGGGUUAUGUAUCUUAUUCUAAUUUUUAUACGGCCAUACUUACUAACUUCAUAUUUGUUAUUUCUUUUCCAGAGGGAGAAGUGAUUCUAGCCUGGGUUUUUCUAUUCCUUGUAUGACGUGAUUGGUUUUCCAAAGUUUUCUAUCACUAAUUAUGUCUAUUUUCAGGCUUCAAGUUUGCCUUGUUGUGAGAAAAAAAGGUUGUUGUUUUCCAUCUGCAGUUGUGUUUCAAUAUGUUUGGACGAAUAAUAUUGUGGCGAUAUUGAAGGUAAGAAUGUUAUUCUCUGACAUGGUUCGCAUAAAUAAAAAAAUUAUGAUUGACCAUCUCCCCAGAUAAAAGGAUACUUUCGAGAAAGGGUGAGCGCAACUGAAGUGUCUAUACGUGCAAAUCUAUUACUUCCUCCAUCUCAAUUUAUGUGAUGGUGUUUGACUGUUCAUGGUUCAUCGACCUAGAGAAAGCUUAUGAUAAAGUGCCAAGAGAGGUUCUGUGGAGAUGCUUGGAGGCUAAAGGUGUACCUGUGGCGUACAUUAGAGCGAUCAAGGACAUGUAUGAUGGAGUAUGAUGGAGCCAAGACCAGGGUAAGGACUAUAGGAGGAGACUCGGAGCACUUCCCAGUUCUGAUGGGUUUGCAUCAGGGAUCAGCUCUUAGCCUAUUUUUAUUUGCCUUGGUGAUGGAUGGAUUGACGCGACAAAUUCAAGGUGAGAUGCCAUGGUGUAUGUCGUUCGCAGAUGACAUAGUCUUGAUUGACGAGACUCGUAGCGGAGUUAACUCUAAGCUAGAGGAUUGGAGACAGACGUUAGAGUGUAAAGGAUUCAAGUUGAGUAGGACCAAGACAGAGUACUUGGAGUGCAGGUUCAGUGGCGUACCUCAGGAGGCUAACGUAGAAGUGAAGCUUGGUACCCAGGUCAUCCAAAAGAAAGAAAGUUUCAAGUAUCUUGGGUCUAUUUUACGAGGGAAUGGGAAUAUUGACGAUGAUAUCACACAUCGUAUUGGUGCAGGAUGGUUGAAAUGGAGGCUCGUUUCCGGAGUGCUGUGUGACAAGAAAGUGCCACCAAAACUUAAGGACAAGUUCUAUAAAGUGGUGGUUAGACCGACUCUGUUGUACGGGUAGAGUGUUGGCCAGUCAAGAGCUCUCACGUGCAGAAGAUGGAAGUCGCGGAAAUGAGAAUGCUGCGGUGGAUGUGUGGGCACACUAGGAGAGAUAGGAUCAGGAAUGAGGACAUCCGGGACAAGGUGGGAGUGAUAUCGGUGGAGGAUAAGAUGCGGGAAGCAAGGCUGAGAUGGUUUGGGCAUGUGAAGAGGAGAGACAUAGAUGCCCCAGUGUGGAGUUGUGAGAGGUUGGCUAUGGACGGUUUUAGGAGAGGUAGAGGUAGGCCAAAAAAAUAUUGGGGAGAGGUGAUUAGACAGGACAUGGCGCAGUUUCAGAUUACCGAGGAUAUGACCUUAGCUAGGAGGUUGUGGAGGACUCAGAUUAGGAUAGAAGGCUAGUAGGGAGGCAGGCAUAUAAUUAAGGGUUUUCUAGAGAAGCUAGUACUGGGAUUUGUCAAAAUGGAUGGUGAGUCUGAUGCUUUAGGGCACAAACAAGUUAUCCUUGAGAACUCAGAAAAUCAGCAACAUCAACUGUCAGGAUUAUGAGACCUUCAGAGAGUCCUUAAGAAUCGCGAGGGUGUUUGACCAGAUUGAAAAGAGAUCAAGUUAAGCAAAUAUACUUGUUAAGUAUAGAUUACUUUUACCUAGUGAAAUUGUUGGAUUCCGAGGAUGAAGCAGUUUAGUUUUUGUUCUGAUUCAUGUAACAAGAAUUGCUAGAUACCAGUUACAUGGUAAAGCUAAAAGUCAAUGACAAUAGUGGGAGAGAGCUGGUAUGCAUUUCUUGGCAUUAAUGGGAUUGUGAAUAUAAUGUUCAUGAUAAUUUGAUUUAUGGUUGAUAAAAGGAA